ACCGACACAUUUUCCCCCAAUCACAUCCUACUGAAAGGCGGAAUAUCCGCAUAGGAGGAUAGGGGCUAGGUGUUGAAUUUUUCGGGAAUAAACUGUCACUGAAGUGCGAGCUUUUCCAAACAAUUAUCUUGAGAAUACUCCUUUUGUUGUUGGCUUAACCAUCGUUAUGCCUGGGAUAGAAAAAUUGCCGAUAGAGGAGACCCUGGAAGACAGUCCGCAGACACGCUCCUUGCUUGGUGUGUUUGAAGAAGAUGCAGCAGCCAUAACCAGCUAUUCACACCAACUCUUUCAGGCCAUGCACAGAAUCUAUGAUGCACAGAAUGAACUCAGUGCUGCCACUCAUCUCACCUCAAAGCUGUUGAAGGAUUAUGAAAAACAGCGAUUCCCACUAGGGGGCGAUGAUGAAGUCAUGAACUCCACUCUGCAGCAGUUUGCCAAAGUCAUUGAUGAGCUCAGCUCGUGUCAUGCAGUCCUCUCUACCCAGCUGGCAGACGCCAUGAUGUUCCCCAUCACACAGUUCAAGGAACGUGACCUCAAAGAAAUACUCACACUGAAGGAGGUAUUUCAGAUAGCCAGCAAUGAUCACGACAUGGCUAUCAACAGAUACAGCCGUCUGUCUAAGAAAAGGGACAACGAGAAGGUGAAGAGUGAGGUUAUGGAGGAUGUCUACACCUCCAGGAAGAAGCAACACCAGACCAUGAUGCACUACUUCACUGCACUGAAUACCCUGCAGUACAAGAAGAAGAUAGCCCUGCUGGAGCCACUGCUGGGAUACAUGCAGGCACAGAUCAGUUUCUUCAAGCUGGGUUCUGAAAAUCUCACACAACAAUGGGAAGACUUCUUGACCAAUAUUGGCACGAGCGUGCAAAAUGUCCGUAGAGAGAUGGAUGGAGAAGUGGAUACUAUGCAGCAGACCAUUCAGGACCUAGAGCAGGCCAGUGACCUGCUAUACAUGCCUGACCCAGAUCCCAACAAGAUCCCAAUUGACCGCACCCUUACCCGGAAGGCUGGCUACCUCAACAUGCGCAAUAAAACAGGCCUUGUGUCCUCAACCUGGGACAGACAGUACUUUUUCACCCAGGGAGGGAACAUGAUGAGCCAGUCUCGUGGGGAUGUUGCUGGCGGCUUGGUCAUGGACUUGGAUAACUGCUCAGUGAUGGCUGUGGAUUGUGAGGACCGACGUUUCUGCUUCCAGAUCACCUCUUUUGAUGGCAAGAAAGUGGCCAUUUUACAAGCAGAGAGCAGGAAGGACUGUGAAGAGUGGAUUGCAACCAUAAACAACAUUUCGAAGAGGAUAUAUCUGAGUGAAAAUCCUGAGGAAAUUGCUGCUCGAGUCAACCAAUCCGCUUUAGAGGCUGUGACACCAUCUCCCUCUUUCCAACAGAGGCAAGAGAGCCUGCGAACAACCAUGCAAAGUAGGCCGAAAGCAGGACGCAGCAGCAGCCAGAGCUCAGUGGGGUCAGAGUCACCUGCUCUCUCCUCUCUCUCACUUGACUCACUGGUGGCUCCUGACACACCCAUCCAGUUUGACAUAAUUUCACCAGUUAGUGAAGAGUAUUCUGGCCAGGCCAAAAGUGCUACACAGGGCAGAAGGACCAACCCAUUUGGGGAGUCAGGGAAUUCACAUUCAGAAGAUGGAGAAGAUUCCAUCCUUCACCAGCUUUUCAUUGUGCGCUUCCUGGGCUCUAUGGAGGUGAAGGCCACAGAGAACACAGAUGUGAUCUAUGAGACCAUGAGGCAGAUCCUGGCAGCACGGGCCAUACACAACAUCUUCCGCAUGACUGAAUCACACCUCCUAGUCACCUGCGAGUGUCUCAAGUUAAUUGAUCCACAGACACAAGUAACCAGAUUGAGGUUCCCCUUGUCCAGUGUGGUGUUGUGCGCAUCUCAUCAAGAGAACAAGCGACUAUUUGGCUUUGUGCUUCAAACAGCUGGAGGGAAAGUAGAUGGACGACCAGUCGUUGUCUGUUACAUCUUUGAGUCUAACAAUGAUGGGGAGAAGAUCUGUGAUAGUGUGGGCUUGGCUAAACAAAUCGCUUUCCAUUCCGAAAUGGAUCGAAGAGCUACAGAGAAGCAGAAGGAGCUGGAGAAGGCCAAAGAGAAGCAGCAGGAGGAACUGACCAAACAGAAACAGAUUGAAAAGCAGGACCUUGAAGAACAGAGUCGCUUGAUAGCCGCCUCUAGCCGUCCCAACCCACCUACUGCAGAUGGACAAUUCCUGGUGCUUAGCAACAGCCAAUCAGAGGACAGUGAUGCUGGCGAGGAGGGCCGGAAAAAGGGUGAAUCAGAAGCCUGAUCAUGAAUUGUGUACACCUUCCCUCUCAAAAACUGUCCACUUGGCCACAGCCAUGCUGAAGCCUCCCACGCAAGGGCCUCUGAAGGGAAUAAGGUUUUGAGAGACAAAAAUGACAACCAAUCAUUGUAGCAAGCAGGGCCUCCGACAGAGGAGGGAAGGACAAACCAUAGAAUAGGCAAAACUUCCCCAAAUAUUUUUUUUUUAAUUCUUACUUAUUUUUUGUUCUGUACAUAAAUUCUUUAUUUUAUGCUGUCUCUUAUAUUCAAAAGAUAUAUAAAUGCUACAACAUUUUGUAUAAUUCACUACUUCAUACAACAGCAUACUAAAACAUGAGAGAAAAUAUUCUUUUUUAUUUUAGAAGAAACGGAGUGUGUCAAAAACAGACUCAUUUUGUAAAGGACUUGUAAUAAUAUCUUUAUUUUGGAGUUGCACUCUAAGGCUUAAGCUUACUUUUGCUCUAACAGCCUUUGCAUGCCCUUUUGGUUCUGUCAAGAGGGGUUUUUGUUCCAUUUGACAUGUUUUGUUACUUAAAAUCAAGAAAAAAAUCAUUUUAAUGUCUGCCGAAGAGACUGCCCUUAACAUCUAGCAGAAAUGCUAUGUUACGACCUUGUAUUUGCCAUCAUUCAGGAUAGGAAAUGAUUUACCAGUGCUGUGCGUGUGUUGUGUUAUGGAAAUAUGAGAGAGAUGAGAGAAUAUUUUUCUGUUUCACAUAAAUUCCUUAUAGAGUGCAAUUUCUGCUUGAUCAGCUAGAAAUGUUCAACUUGACACUCAAAAUAGCAAAAUAAGAUUUAAUGAUCUGUUUAAGUUACUGAAUGAUGGACCACUGUGUUUGCAUUGGUGCACUUGACGCUCUGCCCUCGACACAUGCCCAGUAUAAUGCAUGUUUGUUGCUGAUCUCAAAUCAUGUUUUAUUUCUCAACAGUGUUUGAGAUGUACUGUUCCCUUGAAGCACACAAGACUGAUAUCAAAUGAGCUUUUGUAUGUA